AUGGGGGACGCGGCCGAGGGCGUCUUCGUCUCCGGCGGCCUGGGCGCCGCCCGCGUCACCAGCCGGUGCUUGCUCUCGCCGUGCGGAGGCGGCAAGCCACCCAACCACGUGCCGUACCUGCGCUCCUCGUGGCGAGUGCUAGCGGUGCAGAAGAAGGAAAGCUUUCUGCCGCCUCGCGCCGGCGUCGACCUGGGGACGGGCCUCUGA